UAGAAAAGCAUUAUUUUUCAUAUCUGAUAAAUACGUGCCUUUGGAACAAAAGAUUCCCCAUUCAUCUACCUCUCUGUGAGAAAAAAGAAUCAACAGACCUCUCCAAUCUUGCAUACAGAAGAACCCAAAAAUCUUCGCAUCACUCACCCACCGGGUUCAUUUACAGCAUAGAAUCACCGACAGAUAAACAAUCAUGGCAGAAGACAAGACUCUUGAAACGUACUUUGCUUUACUCCAGGAGCAAAAGGCCAGACUGAAUGAAGCCCUGGCGCAUAAAGGCAAAAAGCCUCCGGACUCGUUGAGGCGCUCUCGACAAGAACUAGAGCAAGAGUUUGCGAUGAUUGCUUUGAGAAAGAACAUGCAAAGCUUGAUGGGGCGGAGAGAAAAUAUCAGAUCUUGCUUCAUCGGCGCGGCUUAUACCCCCUGUACCGUCCCUCUUUCCAGUCUCAAGCCCAUCCGGCUCCGAGACCUCAGACUCGAGAUGCAGCAUCGUGGUCGUGUGCUCAUCGUGAGGGCUUUUUGUAAGCCUGCCAAGAUUGCAUCCAUCCAGAAUGCCAUCGAGGAUGAGCACGGCGACGUCGAGCGGCUCGCCAUCUACAACCUUCCUUCCACCGUUGAGGCCGAUGCGGUCCUCCCGCUAGGUGCCGUCGUGGCGAUCAAGGAGCCCUACUACAAGCGGACUGCCGACGGUGGCCUUUUCGUCCGAGUAGAUCACCCAAGCGAUUUCGUCCCGCUCAGGCCCGACAACAGCAUCAUCCCUGAAAGAUUGGCUACUCAUAAAACCAGGGCAAGUCCGCCUGUACUUCGGUUGAAGGAGAACGGCAACGCGGCGUUCAAGAAGGGCAAUUUCGAAACAGCCAUCGACCUUUACUCGCAUGCGCUGGAGAGAACCGGCGAUGGGGACGACAGCCUUCGGCGCGAUCUUUGGCGGAACCGGGCCGCUGCUUAUCUACGACUCGGUCGUUGCGAACUGGCAAUUUCGGAUGCCUUGGCUUCCAUGGUCCAGCUCGACAGUGCAUCCAAGGAAGCCAAUGACCUCAAUAUCAAGGCUCUGUUUCGGGCAGGCAGAGCUGCCUAUGAGAUACGGGACUUUUACCAAGCGAAGAAGCACUUUGAAGGGGCCCUUGAGCUUGAUAGCGAUCACAAAGAGACUCGGGUAGAGCUUUCACGUACGAUGAAGCGUCUUUCGGAGCAGGAAUCCGGACGGUACGACUUUCCCAGGAUGCUAAAGUCGGUGUCAAUGCAACAUAGCCAACUGGACCAUGCUUCUUGCCUCAGCCGCACCAAGAUUUGUCAGACUGAGAAUCGGGGACGUGGUCUUUUCACUACGGUCCCGCUCAAUGCGGGCGAUGUGGUUUUUGUCGAGAAGGCCUUUCUCAUGGCACAUGGCGACGGAGGAGACACUUCGAUCCUUAUCAACGUCAACACAGACGUCAUCUCACUCGGAACGCACAACUUACGCCUCUUAGGCAUCAUCGACAAGAUGACUUGGAACCCGUCUCUUGCUAAAAAGUACCUGGACCUCUUUGACGGUGGCAAGUUUGGCAACGAGAAGGAGCCCAAAGUCGUCGACGGUAAGGUCGCUGUGGACACAUUCCGGGUCCAAUCCAUCGCCGAGCUCAACGGGUUUGGGUGCCCGAGGUUAAGGUCGAGAGACAAGGAGCGGAUGAAGGCCGAAGAGUCCGAUCCAGAUUCGAGCACGGGUAUAUGGCUUCAUGCAUCCUACGCCAACCACUCUUGCAUUCCGAAUGCGACCCGCGCCUUCAUCGGCGACAUGAUGAUUGUGCGCGCCACCCAAGACAUCCCAGCCGGAGCAGAGAUUUUCAUGGGAUACAUGGGCCUGGACAAACCCUUCGCCGAGAAGCAAAAAAGGCUCAAGACUAGCUACGGCUUCGAAUGCGGCUGCGAGCUGUGCCGCGCCGAGGCAGAGGUUCCCCCCGCCACUGCCGCAAAGCGUCAUCGUCUCCGCCAGGAGAUCCACUCGUUCCUGUCCGCGAACCCUCUGAACGCCAACAUGUCUGUGAAACUCACACCGAGGGAGAAGGCCAAAGCAAAGAGGCUCCUGAAGGAGAUGCAGGAGACCUAUCCAGACCCUCACUUCGCGCGGCUGCCGCGACCGCUGUGCGAUGACAUUGGUCUCUGUGUGGCCAUGUGCGUGAGCUCCCAGCCCCGGAACGCACUCCGCGCCUUCUUGGGCGUCCUUCGAGACUCGGGCUACUUUGUCCACUUUCAGGGGAGCAGGGUGGCCAUCGACCGCCGAGUGGCGGUUCAGGGAGAGGGGGCCAUACUCGCAGCAAUGUACGCGUCUCAGUGUCUGACGGAGAUCGGCAACGAAGAUGCGGCUUCUGCUAUGGAAGCUCUGAGCGAAGAGAUCUACACCUGCGUUUCUGGUACAGAGGAAGGCUUUAUGGAGGAGUUUGGGUGGGUGAGUUAGGAUAUAUGGACAGUAUGUUUUUGGUGAAGGGCUUGGCGGACGCAAGGUAUUUUACAGAACAGGUUGUGGCGUUCCUCUAAUUUGGUUUCUUCUCAGGAAGUCAUAAUGAGGCCGUGGAGCUCGGAAAAAGGUAGUUUUACUCUAUUUGAAAAGGCACGAACAUCUCCCAGAAUACAUGUAGGCCUUUACUGCCAAAAUGGCGCAGUUCAUAAUAUGCAUCCGUUGGCUAACUUCGAAACACUGCG